AUGACGGCCACGGGGAGGGGGGACAACGGGGCCACGGACUGGUGCCUGUCGCGACAGCUGUGGUGGGGACACCGGGUGCCGGCGUACCGGGUGGGGGAUCCCCCGGCGGGGUCCCCCCCCGAGGGGCUCUGGGUCGUGGGGCGCCACGAGGCCGAAGCCCGCGCCGCCGCCGCCCGCGCCCUCCGCCGCCCCCCCGAGGAGCUGCAGCUCCAGCAAGACCCCGACGUCCUGGACACCUGGUUCUCCUCCGCCCUCUUCCCCUUCGCCGCCCUGGGCUGGCCCCAAGAGACCCCCGACCUGCGGCGCUUUUACCCCACGGCCGUGCUGGAGACGGGCAGCGACCUGCUCUUCUUCUGGGUGGCCCGAAUGGUCAUGCUGGGCCAGCAGCUUACCGGGAGGUUGCCCUUCGCUCAGGUCCUUCUGCACUCGCUGGUGCGCGACGCCCAGGGCCGCAAGAUGAGCAAGUCCCUGGGCAACGUCAUCGACCCCCGCGACGUCAUCGCCGGCGCCACCCCCCAGGAGCUGCAGGAGAGGCUCCGCCACAAGCUCCUGGACCCCCACGAGCUCAAGGUGGCCACAGAGGGCCAGAGGCGCCAGUUCCCCCACGGCAUCCCCGAAUGCGGCACCGACGCCCUCCGCAUGGCCCUGUGCGCCCACAACGUCCACGGUGACGACAUCCGCCUGGACGUGGCCGGCGUCCUGAGCUACCGUCACUUCUGCAACAAGGUCUGGAACGCCGUCAAGUUCGUCCUCGCCGCUCUGGGCCCCGACUUUGUCCCCCGACCCCCCGAGGAGACGGUGCCGCAGCGGCCCAUGGAGCGCUGGGUGCUGAGCCGGCUGGCGCAGGCGGCGGGGGAAUGCGGGAGGAGGAUGGAGGCCCUGGAGGUCCACGGCGCCGUCGCCGCCGUCCACCAUUUCUGGCUGCGGAGCUUCUGCGACGUCUACCUGGAGGCCGCCAAAGGGACGCUGCGGGACCCCGACGCCGCCGACGCCGCCCGCCGCGCCCUGCUGACCUGCGCCGACCUGGGCCUGCGCCUCCUGGCCCCCUUCGCCCCCUUCCUGGCCGAGGAGCUCUGGCAGCGCCUGCCCCGCGCCCCCUCCCCGCCGCCGCCCGCCGCCCUCCUCCUCGCCCCCUUCCCCGACCCCGCCCGCCUGGAGCGCUGGCGCUGUCCCCCGGUGGAGGCCGAGGUGGCGGCCAUGCUGGAGGUGGCGAAGGCGGCGCGAGGGCUGAGGGACACCUUCCGCCUGGGCAGCGCCCGGCCCCCCGUGGUGGUGCAGUGCCCGGCGGAGGCGCGCGAUUGGCUGGCGGCACUGGGCCCCGCCCUCCAGGCGCUGGCGCAGGUGGGGCCUCUGGAGCUCCGCCCCCCGGGGGCGGGGCCGGGGCCCGGCUGGGUGGGGGCCCCCGCGGGGGAGCACUUCCGGGUCUUCCUCUGCCUGAGGGGGCUGGUGGAUCCGGUGGCCACCCGGGCCCAGCUCGUUGCCCGCAGCCGCGGCCUCCAGCGGCGCCUCCAGGCCCUGGGGGCCACCCAGGGCUCCGGGGGGGCCACCCAGGGCUCCGGGGACCACCCCGCCCCCCCCCAGCAGGUUGCCAUCCUCCGCUCCGAACUUGCCCGCUUGGCCCAAGCCCUGGAGGCCCUGGACUCCCUGGAGGACCCAGGUGGCCGGGGGGGGCACCCAGGCGUCGGGGGGGGACCCGGACCCCAAUAAAACCCCCGGGGGCGGGG